AUGAAAGAUAUGGAAACUAUUGUGAAUGCAACCGGCCCUGGAAAACCUCCUGUGGCCGAAAAAAACAGGGAUCAAACUGAUACAGUCAUCUUCACCACUGGUCUAUGCACUUUGAACGACAACUCUCGUUUGCUGUUGGGUGUAUCGGAACUGAGACGUCUUCAAGUGUUCGACAAUCACUGUCUCAGAACCAUAGCUCGUGUGGGUUGGUGUCGGCGAAUCCGUAACGAGGCAGUUAGAAAGCGUGUUUUCGGUCGUGUAACGGGUACUUCCAUUGAAGAAUGUGUCCAGUACCAGAAGCUGCGUUGGUUGGGACAUGUGAUACGUAUGCCGAACCAUCGUUUGCCGAAGAGAGUACUGUUUUCCAUGCCCAAUUCGGAGUGGCGUAAACAGAGAGGUGGCCAACCCUUGACUUGGCUGAGGAGUAUGAAGGAGAUCACAAAACACUUGGGUACUGUCAGUGCUACUCGCCUUCCAGGAUGGGGACCGCGUGAACCCCACUGUGCCUGGUUGGGGACACUACUAGAUAUAGCAGCCAACCGAUUCUGGAUGGACGUGGGAGUGUUACGAGUGUGGCUUUCAUCGUUGCAAGAAUUAGUUACAGAAACUUUGUUGAAUCACUUGUUGGCCCGGAUUCCGGACGACAUAUACAGCUACGGAAUAAACAUCGACAAGCCCAGAUAUGAUCAGUCCACAUAUGUAGGACGAGCGAAACAUUUCAUCAUCACCACCAAUCCGCUGAAUAUUCUCAAGAGUUCAAGUGAACUAGAAGAAGCCAAGUCGAUCGUACACAAGUACAAAUCUGGAGAUCCGCUUCCCGGAUUGACUGUGGAUGGGUUAUGGAGAGCGAAACAGUUGUACGAUUCUGCUUUUCAUCCGGACACGGGUGAGAAAAUGAUUUUUUUCGGUCGCAUGUCGUUUCAAGUUCCGGGAAACAUGUUUAUAACUGGUUGUUUACUCCAGUUUUACAAGUCAACCUCGGCCGUUGUUUUCUGGCAGUGGUUCAAUCAAACGUUUAACGCGGUUGUCAACUACACUAAUCGGAGUGGCGAUUCUCCCAUAUCACUCACACGGCUGUGCACGUCUUACGUCCUAGCCACUACAGGCGCUGUUGCAACUGCUUUGAGCAUAAACAAACAAGUUCAGCGAUUUCCACCACUAUUCGGCCGAUUCGUCCCGUUCAUCGCCGUGGCAGCGGCUAACUGCAUCAACAUUCCAUGUAUGCGUAGCCUGGAACUCACUGAAGGAACGACUAUAACAGAUGAGAAUGGCGAGGUACUCGGUCAGUCCAGAGUCGUUGGUCAGCGAGCCAUAUUCAAAGUGGUGGUUUCGCGUAUUCUGAUGGCUGUUCCCGGAAUGAUUUUUCCCCCGAUAUUGAUGGAUGCUUUGGAGAAACGGGGCACCUUAGCUCGCUAUCCGUGGCUCGGAGCUCCUCUUCAGGUUACUCUCUGUGGCAUCUUCUUGACAUUCAUGACGCCAAUGUGCUGCGCUCUAUUCCCACAAGUCAGUUCAAUUGCGUUCGAUAAACUCGAACCCGAUGCACAAGCAAAGAUUCGCAAAUUACGUGGGGAUAGGAUUCCCGAACGUGUUUACUACAACAAAGGCUUAUGAGUUCCUAUCACUUCCUCGAUUUUUCCACAUGCACAAGUUUCAUUGAAUUGUCCACGAUGAUUUCUUUGCCCACGCAUAACUCGUUCGCUACCUCCUCAUCUUGACGUAUGAUAUUUUUAGCUUUACGUUUAUCUGACUAGGUGAAUAAAACUCUUCAUAUAUGAAAAAAACCGAAUGACUGGUUGUCCCAUGAGCAAGAAUCAGCUUUACCUAGUUUCGAAUCCUCAUUCUACUCUGGGUUCCAUUCGCAGACUAUAGCUUUCGUUCUUUUUCGACUAUCUUGUCUACCACUGAGUGCAGCACUCUCCUCGACCUAGGGCUAUUCAUGGGAAUGGCCCAACUCAACAGAGCUUGUGGCGCGGGUUAAUUUCACCGGCCAUGCAAGCAAAUAGUAUGCAUCUCAUUAGCGAAU